UCACAUUUCAGAAUAUUCUGGUUGAAAUGACGAGAAGGAAGAUAGCAAUAAAGAAGAUCGAGAACGUAGCUGCGAGGCAGGUGGCUUUCUCAAAGAGAAGGAAAGGUCUAUUCAAGAAGGCUAUGGAGCUGUCAACUCUCUGUGAUGCUGAGAUUGCUCUCUUAGUAUUUUCAGCUUCGGGCAAACUCUUUGAUUAUGCUAGUACAAGCACGAGGCAAGUAAUUGAAAGGAGAAACCUAUACUCAGAUGUGAACCUUGUGAAGUCAUACCAGCCAUCUCAAGAGCUGCAGCUGAUAUUUAACAGUGAAUAUUUUAAGCUAAACAAGGAAAUAAAAGAGAGGACUCUUGAAAUAAGACAGCUCAAUGGAGAAGAUCUACAAGGACUGUCUAUAAAAGAUCUGAGGAAGCUAGAAGAUUUACUUAGAACAAGCUUGCAUCGCAUUUCAAAAGCAAAGGUCGAAGUAUUUGAGCAGGAGAUCAAUGUUCUAAAGAAAAAGGUUAGCGUUAUAUUUGUUUAUCAAAAGCAUCCCAUGCAUUAUAUUCAGUCUUUUCCUCAGUGUUAUAGUGAGAAAGAAGACGGACUCAAGGAAGAAAACCAGAGGCUAAAGAAGUUCACCAAAUCCAUGGAAGAAAACCAGAGAUUAGAUCAGGCCCAAUGGCUUGACGAUGAACAAGAUCAGCCAUCAGACGCGUCUCCCACAACAAGGCAAGUUGCUAUAAACGCCACUGAUGAGAGAGUUUGUUGUUUAUCUCCGGUUACUGUAGAUUAG